AUGGUGCAUAUCCGAGCCGGGAACCUUACUGGCCCAACCUCUCAUAUAAUAUAUGCGCAACAAUUGGCUUGCGAUAGACAGAAGGUUGUGUCCCUGCCUGGUUUCUCUCACAAGAAAGCUGCAACCACAUCCUUCAAGCGAAGCAGAAUGUCCGGAUCCAUCCGGAGCCUCCUUAAAAUGCUGCUCACGCGGCCCGCUACACGCAUGACGGUCAAGAGGGACGAUACGUUGCCUGCCGGGGUACGGGCGAGGAGGACAUACUAUAAAACGGGUCCUUUAUUUAUAUGCAAUCAAAGCAUGAGGGUUUGCUUGUGA